AUGAAUGGGCCUGAGACCCAGCAGAAAGCCCCGGUGACUGCCCCUCCUCCCCCGCCGCCUCCUCCGCCUCCCCCUGAACCGGCAGGGCCCCCGGAGCCAGAGGAGGAGAUCCUGGGCUCCGACGAUGAGGAGCAGGAGGACCCCGCAGACUACUGCAAAGGAGGGUACCAUCCGGUGAAGAUCGGGGAUUUGUUCAACGGGAGGUACCAUGUGAUCAGGAAGUUGGGGUGGGGCCACUUCUCCACCGUAUGGCUAUGCUGGGACAUACAAGUGAAGAACUUUGUGGCGAUGAAGGUGGUGAAGAGUGCCCAGCAUUACACAGAGACGGCCCUGGAUGAGAUCAAACUGCUGCGAUGUGUGCGAGAGAGCGAUCCGGGUGACCCCAACAAGGACAUGGUGGUUCAGCUGAUAGAUGACUUCAAGAUAUCUGGAGUCAACGGCAUACAUGUGUGUAUGGUGUUUGAGGUGCUAGGUCACCACCUGCUGAAGUGGAUUAUUAAAUCCAACUACCAAGGUCUGCCGCUGCCAUGUGUCAAGAGCAUUAUCAGACAGAAAGAAGAGGACACCGACGUCACCGUUUCAUUUAAGAUCCGACAUGACUUCCGGAACCUCGCAGCUCCUGUCAGGCCGAGCGAGGAGGCAGCUGACACCACCGCUGAGGCCAUUUGGCUCACGCACCAUGUAGAGCUGAGGCUGGGACCGCUUGCUCCCUGA